GUGCAUCUUCCGUAACGUGUAGAUUUCGCCACGUUUUAAAAGUCACUUUCAUAUGUUGACUACAGAUGACACUGAUUUCCCAUAACUGAUUUUAUUGUUUGUGCCUCAAGUAUUAAGAUGGAUUAUUCAGGAAAACUACCUACUUAUGUGUUUCAGUAUGUUCUGCCUCAUUGUACAGAAAAUAAACUUGUAAAUUCUGCAAUUGAUAAAAGAAGUCAAGACCUGAUCAUAACAGAAUUCAUACCUCAAUCAGACGGAACAAAUAAAAUUAUCAGGAAUGCAGUUCAAUUGUCAAAGGAGAUAACUAGCAAGAGAAUUAUUGGUCAGCCAAUUUGUAUUGGUUGUAAAGGAAGUUUUUAUGUUUUUCAAUUUAUUUGUACAACAGUUUCACACAUACAAUUUUUCUGUGUGGACAUAGAAGACAAAUCAGUAAAUGUAUUUAAGGAUUCUGUGUGUUAUUUUAGUCGUGAUAUAAUGACUGUGGCACCAAUAGAGUGUCACAUCAGUACAGACAAGAAGCAUAUUUUACUAAGACUGCCACAAGCUGUACUAAAAUUGAAUAGAUAUGCAAACAUUCUCUUGACAGUUAAUGGUGAAAUGUGUAAUAUUAUCAAGUCAAAGCUUCAUGACAAGAAAUACACCUGCAUUAGAUUUCUUCCACACUAUCCAAGUCAACUUUUAAUGGUAGAAUUUAAUAAUAUUUCAACGAAAUGUCAUCUACGAAUAUAUGACAUGACAACACAAGAAUUAAAAGCUGUCAAAGAUCAUUGUAUAAAUACAUUCAGCAUUGGUAAUAUUGAUAGAGAUUACAGUGCAGACAGCUUCUCUGAAGAAAAUACAGUUAUGUCCCUUUGUCAGACAUCUCUAUUGUAUGAUAGAACUUGUGAUUUAAUAAUUCUAACUUGUUUUCCUACAGCUAACACCUUUGUUGCAGUAUUUGGUUUUAGAGCAGAGACCUUAGAGGCAACGUUUUCAUUUAAAAUCAAUGUAAAUUUAAAGUGCAACAAAACAAAUGUACUGGAAAAAAGUAUAUUUUCUACAGAAAUGUCGAAAUGCAGUACUGUGGUGAAUGUGUAUAGGCUGUACAAAUCUCAACAUAAUAGUGAUUUAAUUCAGCAGACAGUAACAUCUGUUAAACUACCAGUUGUGCUCAAUUUGAAAUUCCAAGUCAGGGCUGUAAUACUUCAACACUUUACAGGAGACAAAUUUCAACUUGUGCUAGAUGCAUUACCCAAACCAUUAAAGACCUAUAUUUUACUUGGUUAUAAUGAAACAGUAUGAAAAUUUUUGACAUGAAUCUUAUCAGUAUAGUUAUCUUCCUUGUUAUUAUCAUAUCUCCAGAACUUUGUAUCUUCAAAAUCAAAUUGUGCUUCUAUGCAAUUUACAUAUGAUUUUAGCUUCAGCUGUCAAAUAAAUAAAGACAUUUUGCUCAUUGGUGAAGGGUAUAUGAUAAUCUUUUAAUCCCUGUACUAAUUGAUGGUCCUACAUUUGUUCUCAGUGGUGUCAGUUGUUGAUGGUCAGUGUGGUCUUUUGAUCUGUAUUAAGCUUAAUUGCACAUUUCCUUUGCAACAAUGUGAAAUACUUAUUUGAUAUACCAUAUGAAAUUUCUUGAAUUUAUUUUCUCAUCAGAGGUAACUGAAAUCUAAAAACUCGACCUCUGAACACUAAGAAUAAAUCAGGACACCAAACCAGUAAGCAAUACCUGUGAUAAAAUAUAAAGAUAAUAUACCUUUGUUGUUUAGAAAUCUCAGAAGAGUACCCAACUAAUUCUGCUCUACAAUGUCUAAAUCAAUGUUUUACCUAUUUUUAUACCAUCAAGCUACCAGCUGAUCAGCUCUUUUAUCCAGAGAAUGCAAUAAAAUCCUGCCUUCUUAGUAUAUUUUAUUUCAUUAGUUUUGUCAUGUAUUAACAGAAAGUUUUUUGUUAUUUGGAAUAUUCAGUUUGAAUUGCAGAUCUUUGAUUGUACAUGUAUUUGUUUAAUAAACUCACACCUCUUAUAGUCUUGAGAUACCUCAGAGUUUGACUUAUUGCAUUAACCUGUGUUUUGUUGAAAACGUUGCCCACUAGAUGUCUUUUCUUAUAUCUAUUGUU